ACCCAUUCAUGAAAUUAGUUAAGACUAGUAGGUGAACUGAACAAACAAUCACUCCCUUUGAAAAAAAAAGUUAUCUUCAUUUCACUCUUGUUUUUUUCUUCUUAUGAGGCAUUAUUUUUCCCAGGAAAUAUGGUAGCGUGGACCAUAAACCGUGCAUCACCGUACCACGUCAUCAGCGUGCAUCUGCACUACCCCACUACUCCAUUCAAAGAAUUUGUUAAGAUGACCUGAGGGAAGAACGAGGACAGAGUCAAUUGCUUGUGUAGCAAGUGUGUGUGAAUGAGAGCAACAAUACAAGAUUUGAGCCAUAUUUUAUGGUUUCUUCGCCAAGAAUUCAGAUUUUCCAUCUGGGUUGGUUCAUUUUCGGCUCUUGGGGGGAUUGAAAUGUGAUUUUGUGAAUGCAUUUCAUAUGCAAUAUUAUAUUGCAAGUCAACAUGGCCAUGUUGAACAAUUCUAAUACCACCACACAAUCACAGAGCAUCCAAAUCCAAGCACAAGUUCCACAGCAAAGGCUUCCGUUCACAGUCCCCAUCAAGGCACAAGUUUCAAACUUUCCCGAUAGAACAACGGUGGCGCGUCAAGCGGCAAGAAGGGUUUUCCAGAUUCUGUUUUACUUGUAUUUUUUCUUGGUUGCAGUCUUGGUGAUUUUCCUUGUCAUAUAUGGUCUUGUCUCUGACGCUCACACCCACCAUUUCCACCCUCAGAAAUGGUAUCCCCCACUUCUAGCUUCAACAGCAUGUGCUGGACUUGUUGGUUUCACAUGGCAAGGCAUCACUGCACGCCAAUCCACAAGGGUAGUCAGGUUAGCAUUUUGGCUGAGUCCCCUGCUAACAUGCGCAAUGGGAAUUAUGUUUAUAUGCAUUGGCACUGCAGUGAGUCUGGCAGUUGGUGUACUUGCUUUGGUUUCUGCACUGAUCCAAUCCCUCUAUGGUUGUUGGGCCAGUCCCAGAUUUGAAUAUGGCACCAGAAUCUUGUCAGUUUCCAUAGCUUUUCCUCCAAACAAAACCCAGGGGCUAACCCUUUAUUCAAUCCUCAUUGGACUGCUUUACUGCUGUUUCCUGGUGGCUGGGAUUGGAGGAGCAAGAGCCAUUGAAAACAGAACCAAACUAUCAGCCUUUUUCAUCUUCUUGAUCUUGCUGAGCCUAGGAUGGACUAUGCAGUUUCUGAAGAACGCAAUGUAUAUCACAAUUUCAAGGGUCAAGUAUAUGGCUUUUUCUGGAGGAGUUGACAUGGACACUAGAAUUGCAUUUUGCGACACAAUCAAACACUUAACUGGAUGUGUUUCCAUGGGCUCGAUCUUGGUUCCCAUCAUCGUGCUCUUCCGGGGUUUUGCACGAGCCACAAGUCUGGUUGGAGGAGAUACAGAUGAGUUCAUGUUUUCCUGUGUCAGUUGCUAUAUGGGGAUUGCAUCUCUUCUUGUGAUCCGUGGGAACCGAUGGGGUUUUGUGCACGUUGGAGUUUAUAACAAAGGGUUUGUGCAAGCAUCUUCUGAUACUUGGGAGAUGUUCGUUAGAGUUGGAUUGGUAGAACUCAUAGACUUGGAUCUCACUGGAGUAUUCUGUUUCCUUAGUGGGGUUGGCACAGGUGCAAUAUGUAGUCUAGUUAGUGGAAUUUGGAGUCUUGUAAUGCACAAGAGCUAUGCCACAGAAGUGUCCAUUUAUGCUUUCCUCAUUGGCUAUUUCAUGUGUCGAUUGGCCUUAGCAUGGGCACAAGCUUGCGUUGCAGCUUACUAUGUUGCCUACGCAGAAAAUCCACAGAGCACUCAUUUUGACUCCACUAUUCCAGUACGCUUGGAGCAGCUUAACAGAUCUCAAGCUCUGCAAAUAUUCAGAGCUGAUAAUUUCAGCUGAGGCUAAGAACAGUAAACCAAGUUAGCUCAUUCAACCCAAGAAUUGGAAGGGAAAUUUUGUGUUGUAUAGAAUGGUUUCAUUUGAUUGUAGUCUUGAAUUAUGAUAAAUCUAACUGAUGGUUCUUUAUACA